GCAACGGCUACGUGAGUGCCAGAGCCUCUCCAGGUCUCCUUCCCGUCUCCAACGGCAGCAGCCUGGGCAAGAUCAUCCCGGCCAAGUCCCCGCCGCCGCCCUCCCACGGCACGCAGCUCGCCGCCAACAGCCGCAAGCCGGAUUUACGCGUGAUCACCUCGCAGAGCGGGAAGGGGUUAAUGCACCAUUUGCAGAACACGCAGCGGUUAGGUGUCUCCCAAGCCACUCACUCUUUAACCACGCCGGUUGUUUCCGUGGCUACUCCGAGCUUGCUGACGCAGGGGCGGGCCUUUUCCGCCAUGCCCACGGCGUACAACACAG